AUAAUUUGGUCUUCGUUAUUCACGGGGGGAAAAGAAAGUUAAUGUUUAUAGUCCAUUGCGUGCUUCGUACAUAAUUUUAGUUUAUCGAUAGUUUGGAGUAAAUUUUGUGUCUUUAAGACAUUUGAGAACCACUAGCUACCGUCGAGGAACGUUUGGUUUAUUUGUGUCGUUUUGCGAUUCUAAUUUUAUAGUGUAUUGUCUGUGUGCGAUGAAAGUAAAUAGUUGCGUUUGAUCGAUUCGUACGAAAAUAUAUUCGCAAUUACAAAUAUUAAUGUUGUUUUUAAUCUUUAAUAGUCUAGAACAACAAACCCCAUUGGCCAUAACAAGCUUAUUUUGUUACGUAAACAAAAUAUGUGCUUGAACAUUUAAUGUUUUAAUAUUUUAUAAAUUAAAAAUGUUGCCAGGAAGACCUCCGGUGACAGAAAAUCCUUUGGGACUCUCUUGGCAUGACAGCGCAUGGAUUCCUGUAUUAAAUCCAAAUAACAUAAUGGACUACUUCUCUGAAAGAAGUAAUCCCUUUUAUGAUAGAACUUGCAACAAUGAAAUUGUUAAAAUGCAACGUUUAAGUCCUGAUCAAUUGCAAAAUAUGACUGGGCUCGAAUAUAUACUUUUACAUGUUCAAGAACCUAUUUUAUAUGUAAUUAGAAAGCAGCAUCGUCAUUCUCCGAUUUUAGCGGCACCGCUCGCCGAUUAUUAUAUCAUUGCGGGCGUUGUGUAUCAAGCACCUGAUUUAGCGUCCGUCGUGAGCUCAAGAUUGUUAUCUACAGUACACCAUCUACAGUCUGGUUUUGAAGAGGCUAGUUCUUGUUCUCGAUAUCAUCCUAGUAAAGGAUACUAUUGGGAUUUUAAAAAUGGGAAAGCCUUGGCCACGAAGAAGGAAACUCCCGUUCGCGAGGAACCCAGCUCUUUAUUUCAACGCCAAAGGGUGGACAUGUUACUCGCCGAACUUACGCGUAAAUACCCAUUAUCUAUCCCAAAACCAGUGAAUCAAGUAACAGAGUCUUCCAUGGAAAUUAAACAAGAAAUAAAAGUUGAAAAGAAAGAUAUGAAACCACCGCCGGAAAAGAAGCCAAAAGUUAAUUAACAAAGACUGUAAUAUAUAAUGAUUUAAGUUUAUGUAUGUAUUCCAUAUAAUCUCUAUUUUCAUGGCACAUUUACUUCAUGAGACAAGCAUUUAACAUUCGAAUUAAUUGUAUUUUUUUUUUCUGGAAUAUAAAAAUUGUAAUGUACUGGUAUGUAAUGUAUUAGUAUUAGACAUAGUGUAAAA